AGAAUUGAUUAGUGAUGGCUCUCAAACUUACCAUCGAACAUAUCUUUACCUCAAUGGGCUUACCUAAAUGCAUCCGACUCUUUUAACGUGACGGCUGCUCAAGCCGCUACAGAAACCUCUGGGACGCCAUCAGCAAUUCCCUCUAAGAGGUACGCCCGUCGGAGCUGUAGUCGGUGGAGCAGUAGGCUUGGCUGCCAUCACAGGCGUCCUAUGUUUGAUCCUUCGCAAACACUAGUGUCAAAUCUUACGAUCUGAGCAAGCCUGUAGCAGGACAGAUUCAUCUCAAGUUUCACAGUGGCAGCAGGGUAUAGUGCAACAUAAGUUAUACGAUCCGUCGGACCCCAACACUUUCCCAUUCCCUCACAUUGAAGAUACUGCCCAUGCCACAAGUGUCAGUCGGCCUGGCCAGUACACUGGCGCACCGGAAAUAAGCACAACCAUGUGAAGAAACUUGAAAACGACAUAGAUAUGGUAGAACAUAAGGGGUAAUAUUUAGUUCGAUUUCAAUAUAUAGCCCUGGCAUGGACAAUACAUCCUCUGACCUCUCUGCAGACUCAUUAAUCGUUUCA